UUUGACGACGGGUCGAUGGUCGACGGAUGUUAUCGCGGACGUGAGAAGAAUAAAAAAUAUCUUGGAUUCUGAAUAAGCACAAUAAAGGAAAGGCUACUGCAUUAUUACUUUUAAUGCUGCCGAAUUAUAACAGCACAAAAGGAAUACAUACAAAUGCAUUAAUUCUUAGGAUCCCGGGUCGUGAUCCAAAAGAAUGGCUGCUAUCAGUGAGUUGAGAGUUUCUUUGUUCAGCUGUUGUAUUCCUAGGCCCCAGAAAAGGAGACACCUAAUAGACAGGUCAAUGAUAGGUAAUCCAACCAACUUCCAGCAUACAGGUCAUAUAGGAAGUAGGGAUGUUGAAUUACCAGGUGAUCAAUUAGCUGCACUUCAAAACCAAAUGAAAAGUAAAGGUGGAUAUGAAGCUUCCUAUAAGGAGCCAGAUUGGUGCCAAUAAUUAUUCAGUUCAGUGUCAUACAGUAGGAGAUUAUUUAUUUAUUUGUGGUAUUAUUAUUUUAAGUUUGUUUUACGAACUGUAUAUACCUAGAGAAAUAUGUUGAUAUUUCCAAUUGUUGCUAGCAUCUCCAAGAGAUUCUGUGAACUGGUUUUAUAUUAACGCACAUAUGGUUGACUUUUGGAUGUAUUUAUACAAGUUAUGGUAAUCAAAUGUUAUCUGUUCCUAUUCCUUGACAGUGCACCAGAUUAAGCUGAAUCUUUUCUAUGAUCCAUUUAUGUUUUACCAUGUGAAUUCAUUUUGCAAAAUGUUGAAAUGCUUGACCAUUCAAUUCAUUAUUUGAGAAAUUGAACUGGAAUUCAUUCUCAGAUUUUCUUAAAUUUUUCACUUAUUCUGAUUUGUUUCUGAACUACACAUUGUUUUUAUAUUGACAAAGAUGUUGAAAUUAAUAUUUGCAUUACAUGGGUUGAGUAUGAUAUAUGUUGAUAUAAGCAGUGAAAACAACACUGCCCAUUUCACUAAACAGAAUUGAAGACAUAAGAAUGAUGAGUGGAUAAGCGCCAAAAGUAUAUUUCCAUGAGAAUGAUGAGUGGAUAAGCGCCAAAAGUAAAUUUCCGAGAAAAUCAUGAAAAACGUGUGGAAAUUAGAGAAUUUCGGUUUUGGUAUUCUCUUGUCAUAUGGUAUAUCCAUCAACUAGUUUGAAAUAAGUCAAAGAAGGAGAAAUUGAUAAAAAGUCGAAAAUAAUAUGAAAAUUUUGAAAAAACAGUUUUACACUUAUCCACUUCUCAUUCUCAUUUCACUGAAAAGGGGAAAAUAAUGCAUUCUGAAUACAAAAACUCAGUUCAUUAGCAGAACAUUACAUAAAAAGACAGCUGGUUCAAAUUGGAACUAAAAAAAAAAAACAACUCAUUCCACCUCUAAAUCACCAGAAUCUGACUCCUCUGGUAUGUCUACUGUCAACUAGUGGGUAUAUUGUCAUAACAUUCCUGGUAUGCUGAUGGAAUAUACUUUAUAAAGUCGAUGAUAUUCUGUAAUUUUUUUGGAUUGAGUGGUAUUGGAUUAUCAUUUUUUUGCAAAUGUUUGACUUGCUAUACAGUUUUGAUUUUCUGAAACUCUUAUCUUUUCCCCAGUAUACUUGAAUCUUUUAUAUUUUGAGAUUUUAAAUGCGCCAUCUCUAUUUUGGAAACACUUCUUGAAAUAGUCAUCUAUUGUUUCUUUAUUGUUCUUGACCAUUGCUUGAGUUACCUACAUUAACUACCUGAAUUUUUUUUACGCAUUUGCAACAAGUGAACAUCAUUCUUCUGGAAUGAAAAGGUAUUCUCUUUUUCUUUUGAGUAUUUCAAUUCGUCCCAAAGGUUAUCCGCUUCUCAAGGCAACAGCAUUGUAAUGGUCAGUCCAGAUUUAAAAGCGGAUAACUCUUCCUGCCAUCUCCUGGCGAAUGGGGCAAGGUUACAUGAUUCCUUUUCACUCAAUGAUAGAGCGAUUUUUUAUUAAAGAAAAUCGGACAAAAAGUGAAUUUCACCAGAAGUGGUUGUUAUCCACUCAUCAUUCUCAUGUAUUCAAUUGAUAUAUUGAAGGAAACUUGUUGAAAUAAUAAUUUUGGUAGAUUGUUUAGGAUCAUGAAUGGAUUUUAGCAAAAUGGAAGUGCACUCUAGAGAAAAUUUAUUCUCAUCACUUGUUGACUUGUACAGUUUUUUUAUAGGAUUAGCUUCACUGAACGGAAAACAUGUUGAUAGUUCACAUUUGUCCUUCCCAAAUAUAGCACUCGCCUUUGGAGUUUUUUACUUCUUUAUAUAACUGAAAUAUUUUUAGACGAACAAAUUUUUAUAUGGAAAUUAUGUAUGGUUAGAAAUAAAAAAAGCAAAACCUAGCAUAUUGUUUUAUAUAUACUUAGAAUUAUAUUUAUAAAAUAUACAUUUUAUACAUAGAAGGAAGUAUCAAGUGGAAUCAUAAAAAAUCCAUGUCCAAAGCAUUGUAUAGGGCUGCUAUUUCACUAUGGCUGGUUAUCCUCCAGAAUGGGAAGUUCAAUGACUUGGCAGCAGCUUCUUCAUCCUGACCAUCUCCUAUCACUACAUAAGUACAUUUCCUGCCAAAUCUUGUCACAAUUCGCUCAAAACAACUCUCUUUACCUGUAAAAGAAAACAGGAAUAUUUUAGGUGAGGUCUAUUAUUGGAUUGUUGGAGUUGACAUUUGAUUUUCCAUUAGUGAAUUUACCUAUUUUUGUUGCAGAAUAAAUGUUAUCAAUGGGAAAUACUCCUCCAAGACCAAAAAGUAAAAUUUUUGCAAGGGCUGGAAUGAGUUGUGUGGUUGUCACUAAAACAUUGACACAAUUGCUUCUUGAAUUUAUCAGUGUUAAACACUUGUUGGCCAAAGUCAACCAAUUGUCAGUCACUGAUUCUAUUUCUGCUCUCAACUGAAGCCACUGUUCCCUUUUUGAAGCUCCUAGCAAGCCACCCAC